UGAAUUGACACUUGUACGUCAUCACUCCGGCCGUCUGUCACGUCUACAACUACAAAACAAAACCAAAACAGUAUGUUUGCUGUUUGUAGAUUGUAAACGGGCAAAUAAUUUUAUGGAAAUAAAGAGACAAUAGAAAAUAAUUAUGGCAGAAUCAAAAUAUGCACAACUACAAAAAACUUACCAAUUAGAGCUUAAAAUGCUGGAGGAAGAGGAGGAAAACUUAAUUCAAGACCUAAACAAUAUGUUAAAUCAAAAAACUUUUAUAGAAGAUAAAAUUAAAGGAAUAGCCAAGCUAAUACCUACCUUAAAUAUUAUUACACAUGAAGCACAAGAUUUAGUAAAUACUGUUAAUGAAAUAUCAGUAUCUUCAGAGAAAAUUAGUGGUAAAAUUAGAGCUUUAGACACAGCAAGGAGUCGUGUCAAUGAGUGUCAAGCAAGAGUAAGUGAUUUAAUUGAUUUGGAAAUUUGUUCACAAGGAGUGCAAGCUGCCAUUCUAGACUCUGAUUAUGAAAAAGGAGCUGCACAUGUCCAUCGCUUCCUCUCCAUGGAUCAAUUAUUGCUUAAAAGAACUGCAAAUGAUAUGGAUAAUGUGUCAAAUAUGUUAAAAUCAGUAAGAACUCUACAAGAUGCUGCAAGUCAACUUAGAGCUAUAGUUUCACAUAAAUUUGCAGAGGCAGUAAACACUGAAGAUUUAGUUUCCAUUGAAAGAUUUUUUAAAAUAUUUCCUUUGCUGGGAUUACACGAAGAAGGAAUAAAAGAGUUUUGUAACUAUUUAAGGACCAAAGUUUCUUUAACUGCAGAAAAAAAUCUGAAAUCUGCCAUCAAUACACCGCCAUCUGACAAAAGACAUACAGUAAUUUACGCUGAUACGUUAACCUUACUUUAUGAAGGUCUAGCAAGGAUAACAGAUACCCAUCAGCCUUUAUUGGAAACGUAUUACGGCCCUGGACGUUUAAUAUCGGCAAUUUCAAUUUUACAAAAAGAGUGUGAUAUCCAAACUAAACGAGUAUUGUUGGAAUGGGGGAAAACACGACAGCUCCAAAAAAAGAUUCAAGUUAUAAAUGACUUAUCCAGAAUGUCGUCCAGUUCGAGUUUCAAUAAAUUGGAAAAGAUAGAUCCCAAGGAUCUGGAUAUACUUAUUGGAGAGAUCACUUUGAUGCAUUUCAGAAUUGAGCUUUAUUUUAGAUUUAUUCAAAGAAAAGUUAUAAACGAUGCAGAAGUUGGUAUCCCCAAUCAAGAAGAUCGAGACAAAGUUCUUCAGACUUUGGAAAACUUAAUAAAGAACAGUGGUCUAACUCAGUCUAAACAUGAUCUUUUAAGCCAUUACUUGAGGUUAGAACAAUACUAUAUGGAUGAAUCUCUGGCAAAGGCAGUAACAAUGGAUAAUCUAGAACCAGGACAGCAGACUUCUAGUAUGGUAGACGAUGCAUUCUUUAUUAUAAGAAAAUGCAUAAGAAGAUCCAUAUCUACAGGUUCACUAGAUGGCAUAUGCGUCAUUAUUAACAAUGCCUGUAGAACUCUUGAAAGCGAUUAUGGUGAAAUUUUAAGAAGCAGAUUGAGGCAAGGGUAUCCUUCGGGAUAUUUAGAUCUGACACAAGCGUAUAACGUGCUGCAAACUUCGAUACAACAAGGAAGACUGCAGUCUGGAGAUACUGAACAAUCUAGGCUGGCAUUUCUGGUUGCCUUGAAUAAUGCUGACAGUAGUAUUGAGUAUGUGGAUGCCUUAUGUGAAAAUGUUUUAAAGGAAAUAGAACAAGCCUUACCAAAGAUGAAUAUAAAUGACAGAGGUAAGCUCGAAAGCUGUUUGUCAGGAUUAUCAUCAGUGACUACGAAUUUAAAAGAUAUAAUCGAUUAUGGUAUACAACAACUACGAUCAUCUGCCAUUAAACCGAGAGUAAAUCCAUGGGUUGACCAGUUUCUGAGUAUCAGCCAUCAUUUGACAGAUGAUGAACUAUCAGCGUAUGAAGCAGGCGAAUCAUUUGUUCAAACGUUAAUAAUGAAUUUAGAAACAUUACUUUCAUCAUUUAAGGAUAUUCUGACGAGUUCCAAUUAUGACACCUUUACGCAAAUCCUUACUACCGAAGUAACACAAAGAUUGGAAAAAGUUGUCAUGAAAAGUAGUUUUAACAGGUUAGGCGGUCUCGUGCUUGACAAAGAGGUAAGAUCUCUAGCAGGUUAUAUUACGGCAGCAACUUCGUGGUCUGUUAGAGAUAAAUUUGCAAGGCUGACACAAAUAGCAACUGUCCUAAAUUUAGAACAAGUAAACGAGAUACACGAUUAUUGGGGUAAUCACGAUAGUGCCCUUACUUGGAGGCUUACUCCUUCGGAGCUGAGAACGGUUAUGUCUUUGAGAUCCGACUUUAAAGUUGAGGAAAUAAGAAGACUAAAAUUAUAAUUUUAUUAGAAACGUGAUGUUAAUUUAUAAUAAAUGUUUUAUGUAUACUAA